CCGGCCCUCGCCAUCUCCCCACGCAGCAAGGAGCCCGCGGUGGGGACGGACGGGACCGGGGCUGGGGCUCAGGGGCAUCGUAGAGAAGGGUGUUUCACUUCAGACGGGCACAAAGCCAUGUGUACAUAAACCCUGGAGCAGCAGCCCGGGAGGAUUGUAAAGCACACCCACACCUUGGCUCCCUCAGCAGCCUGGUGAGGUGCUGCCGGCUGUCCCGGCGGCUCAACCUCAGCGUACAGGAGCGUGGGAGUGAUCUUUCCAUGGGCUCCAGCCUGCUGCUCAUGCUGAUGCUGCUUCAAGCAGUUUGGAAAGGUGCUCUGGGAAAAUCCCAUUCACUGCACACCCGAGGCAUCAUCGAGUUGGCAGGAGCUAUCUCGUGUGGCACAGGACGGUCUCCCCUGGCGUAUAUUGGCUACGGAUGCUACUGUGGACUGGGAGGACAAGGCUGGCCUAAAGAUAGAACAGACUGGUGCUGCCACAGGCAUGACUGCUGCUAUGAUAAGGCAGAGAAGGAAGGCUGCAGCCCCAAGGCUCAGCAGUACCAGUGGGCCUGUGAACAGAACACCGUGCGGUGCGAUAACCUGACAGACCGGUGUGAGAAAAUGGUGUGCUUGUGUGACCAAGAAGCAGCCAAGUGUUGGGGAGCAGCCCCAUACAACCCACGAUUCAUUCUCUGGCCAGACUUUUUAUGUGGACAGACUCAUCCCACCUGCCACUUCAGAUAUGGGGGGCCAGAGUAGUCUUUUGAGGACCUUUCUUCUGACCCUUUGAAUCUGAAGGUGCUGGAAUAAAAUUUUA